GCUACAAGUACUUUCUCUCUUACCCAACAGGCGGAGGAAGCGGACAUAUCUCUAAACAAGUGUGAUAAUCUAGAAGAGCUUUGCCAAAAUAAUUCCCCCGUUAGGGCUGUCUGUGGCAUUUUUUUUUCGGCGACUUUAGUUAUGUAAGAGAUUAAUUCUGUGGGUUAAGGUGGAAUGUUUGGCACUGACAGUUAACUGGAAUUAGAGGCUGGCUGUAUUGACAGACCACCUUGAGGUUGCAUGCUGAGGGCUGGGGUUUUUCGACCGACCGACCUACCGCCCGUCGAACUGGAGAAGCGGACUUCAUGUCAAAAUGCCAACCUUUUCGGUGAUGUAUAAAGGAGCUGUCAUCAUUAGCAGGACGCUAAUGGGUCCAUAUGGAGUUGACCGAGCUGUUCAUUCCAUUGAGUUUACAGACUGUGAGAAUGGCCUGGGAAUUAAAGUGAUUGGUGGAGUAAAGGAGUUAACUGGAGAGGAGUUUGGAGUCUACGUCAAACGAAUUUUACCAGGUGGCGUUGCUUCAAGUGAUGGAAACCUCAUGCCAGGGGACCAAAUAUUGGAGGUCAAUGGAGACAGUUUGGUUGGAGUCACAAGUGAAAGAGCCGUGGACGUCCUGAGAGCAGCCUCAGCAACAAAUCAUAUGCGCCUUCUCAUAGCCAGAGAUGAGGAAGCAAAGAGAGAAUUUUCUGAGUUGCUGGAGAAGUAUGGAUCUAAUGGUAGCACAGGAUCGACACGCAACUCUCCAAUCCAGCAAGGAGCUGGGGAUCGAGCCCCUGACCUUCCAGUUGAGAGACGACCGACUCAACCACUGAACCACAGCUGCAACAUAAACACCAGCAGACAUAAAAUCACAGGACUUGUAUCGCAGUCAUGUGGAGGCCGAUACCUGGAUAGUACAUCAUCUGGUUCCUCAUCCCGCUCCCAGAGUCCUUUGCUGUUGAGCCCAGCAGGCUCUCAGAACAUGACCAACAGUAGUGGGCCCAUGCUACGUUCUCUUAGUCAUCCUGGUGAAGGCGUGAUUCAACUAAUUUCAGUUUCGCGAUCAAGCAGUUUUGGCAUCACUAUCGGAGGAGGCUCCAACAAGCCUGAUGGCCCAGCAAUCUUCAUCCAGGAGGUGCUGUCUGGGGGGGACUGUCAUCGGGAUGGACGUCUGAGGCCUGGAGAUCAGCUUAUUGCCAUUAACAAGGAAUCAUUGAUAGGUGUUACCCAUGAGGAGGCCAAAAGCAUGCUCAACAAAGUUAAAUUCAGCCAAGACAGUGCAUUGGAAAUAGCCUUCAUCCCAGGGAAAGGACUUUUUUCCAGCAGCACAUCUCUCCACAAUGGGGUCCAUCAUGCUGCAGGCCACAACUCUGGGCGUUUGAAAGUCCAUAUCAGGUCACCUGAGAUUUGUACUGAGGAACCAGCCACAGUGUCCUUUCCUUCUCCUGACAUCUGCCCACCAGAUAUUCAUAUUUCAGGUUCAACCAGCCAAAGAUCCCCAACAGAGGCCAAACCUAAGAUAACACUGGACCCCUACAUACGCCUCAAAUCAGACAAGUUAGAUUUGGCUUUGUCCUUCCUUGGGUUGAAUGUCACAGAAGAGAAGAGGAUGGAGUUAAAACAAAGUCUGACUAUAGACCCACAAGGCACUGUGGCCUAUGGAGACUUUAUGGAUGCCACCCGGAACAUCUUUCAAGAGAACCUUGAGGAGCUUGGUUUAGCUGCAGGUCCCUUCUUGUUUUCCUAUCACGAAGCUGCUAGCUUGAUGGACACUUCAGCCUUCCACUCUCCUACAUAUGAAUCAGAAUGCAGUUACAGCAGUGAGGAGAUGGAGCAGUUUCAGACAGAAGUGAAGCAGCUGCAAACCCAGAUGAAGCAGCUCAAGGUGAUGCUGAAGGACAUGGAACACAGCAAGAAAACCCUGGAGGAGGAGCUGCUGAAGACCUCCGAGAAAGCAUGUUUGACUGUUGAGGAGAACAGUCACCUGAAGAGUCGUCUGCAGGCAGCUGAGGCUGAGGCUGGACAGCACCAGCCCAGCAGUGCAGAGCAGGACUACGAGGAGGUCAUCCAGCUGCUGGAGGCUGAGAUCAGAGACCUGAAGAACCAGCUGGCUAGCAAAAGGCAAGCACAAGGACUGGAGGCCACUAAGGAGGAGGUGUUGGAGCUGAACAGGAGGCUGACAACCAUUGACUGCCAGCUAAGGAAGUCAGAGCUGAGCAGGAAACACCUAGAGAUCUCCAACAAAAAACUGCUCGGCUUUGCUCAGAACGUCCACAAAGUCCUGACAACACCCAGCUUGUUUGGAGGAGAGGGCGGGAGCAACAGGUCAUCCCCAGGCACUGACAGUCCUGACACCCCAUCACCACUUCCUGAUCCUGCCUUCCAACUGGCUGUUGAGGCCAAAGAGCUGGUAGUGGGAGCUUGUACCCUCACUGCUGAUGCCCAAGUGAGUGCAUCUGAGGCAGCAUCAGCCCCAGGUGUCAGCCCUCACCAUGUAUGAGCAACAGAGAACUGGAGAGUACCUGGACAAGCAGAAGAUGCUGAAGAAAAAGUUGAACCCAUGGCGGACAAAACUUCAGUCAACAUACAAGACAUCAUCUAAUACCUUCUCUAAAUGAUGUCACUUCAACAAAUUGAUUUGAGUGCUUAAAAACACAACCAAUGUUUUAAUGCCAAAGCUAGCUCACACAUGAAAUGGGAGUCUUCCUUUGAACCAUUCAACUGUGUCUAUUGAGGAGGUUCAGCAGUGGGAAGUUUUGGACUGAGGACUUCCAACUUUUGAUGAUAAAAUAUGUGCAGAAGUCUCUAAGAAACCCAAUAAAUCAUCCAGUCAUACAUCAGCUACAACUGCUUAUCCCUUGCAGGAUCAUUAAGGAGAGGAACCAAUCCCAGCAGACACUUGGGAAGAGGCAAGAUACACCCUGGACAGAUCAUCAAUCAAUCCCAUGCCUGAUACAUAAGGACGGACAACCAUUAAUUCUCAAAAUGAAACUUACUGGCAAUAUAGAAUCUAAACUAAUGUAUGUAAUUGAGGACUUGUUUCCUUGAAAAGGAUAAUCUAGACAUGAUCAGUUCAAAGAGUCUUCCUUUGUCAGAGCACCACACUGCCAUGUCUCUCCAUCACGUUGCUUAUCUUCUGUCAUAGAAGUUGUGAACUGUUGAGCAAAUACAGGGAAAAAGAAAGUGUCCCUUUUGCCUAUUUUGUCAACUCAUCCCGUGCCCUCACUAAAAAUUAAAAGCAAAAUAAUAGUUGGGCCGGAGCAGUGCUUGUCAUCUGCCUCUUCACUUCACUGCAUGGUUCAUGUUGAUGUGUCCUACAUCCAGGAGAUAAUUACAAGUUGCUGUAGCUCCUGCUUUAUCUUGUGUUACCUUUUAUUUAAAUCAACAGCUGCAAAUGCUUUCAAAAUACUGACACGUCCUGUAUAUCUACAAUAUUGCAUCUUUGAUGUGGCCACAUCUGUUUCAUUUUUCUAUUAAAUGACUGAUGACUGAA